UAAUUUGAAUAUAAUAACUAUGUACUCUCUGAUAUACUAUGGAGUGGCGUAUGUUCUAUUUGUUUUGGUUUGAACUGUAUUAUUAGUGUUAACGUACACUCAUUCUCAAGUGCUGAUAGCGAACUCAGAUGCUGUAUAUACAAAGUAAUAUUGCAGGAGCAAAGUUCAGAAUUCUAACAACUUGACUUAACUACACCUCAACUCUCCAACCUAUAUAGACCUAAAUAUCUAGUACGGUAGAGUAUUUAAAUAGUUGCCGGGAGCGUUCGACUUACUUACAACAGUAGAAAAGACAUUACUGCGAAUCUAACGGUGGCUCGUGAAAUUAAAAACAAAACAAACGAUAACUAGAAUAUGUUCGUAAUGUUAAAAAUGGAGGAUGUAAACAAGUCGUUGUAUAUAAGUUCCAAGAAAGCCUCCUCAUAGGAAAGUAUACUUAAAAUCUGAGAUAGUAUGAAGUGUGAGGAAUGUUUGUAAAAGAGAUAAUCAGUGGAUCAUGACGCAAGCUGUGGGUCUCGCUUGUUGAGAAAGGCAUUGGAAUUAUUAGGCAUUGAGGUAACCUGGGAAUUCAGAUAAUUCUGUCAUCUAGUUUUAAGUGCAUCUACAACCGGAGAGCAUGCAGUUACUGUAUUAAGCAGAACAAAAUUGGCAUCCAUCAGGAACAGUUAUGUUCAAGUCAGUGUAUCUAACACUUGACAAUUACAAAAGGAUGUAGAAUCGCUACAGAAAUGUUGAUGUUAUAUUUGACAGAGCAAGAUACGAGUUGCUGUUCCAGCAAUGGACAAUGAGAUGGUCGCAUUCUAUAAAUCAAACUAUAAAGUGGAAUAUUAAAGACAGCUCAAACCAAACAAUACCAAAAUGGCGACACGAUUAGUUUUGGUAGAACUUUUAUGCCCAAAUAGGAGAUGGUUGAUGGCCUGGUUAUUGAUGGUCGUGUGUGGGACGCUGUAUAUAACGAAUCAGUUGGCAUCGCAGUACCAGGUAUUAGAACACAAGCGUUGGCAACUUGCGCAAAUGCAACCACGAGUGAUAAUAGAGAGAAAGAUAAAACACUGUGAUCCGCCAUGUACAAAUAUAAUCGAGCAGAUUCCUCCUGAAGAUGUCGAAAAAAUUACAGACAUUCAUCAAGAAGGUGACCCGAAUGUCAAAAUUGCUCAAAUUGACGCUAAUGAUGAAUACAAUGAUUCGCAUCAUGAUAUAGUCGACACAAACUAUGGUAGAAUAGUUAAUAUAAAAACAGAUGGUAGAAUAAAUAUAACAAAAGGAAUUCCUUCAAGGACUAAAAAGCCUGAAACUUCAGAUGAAGUCCACAUUCCUUCCAUCCGCACAAUUGGAGCAAAUUGUUCCGCAGUAUUUCAAGGGGAUAACGACGAGCUCCAAAAAGCUGAGAACUAUAUGAAGUCAAAUCCAAAAAUUCCAAUUCCAGAUAAGGCGUAUGUGACGCUGGCAUCAGACUGUGAUAGAUUUCGAAAAUCAAGAAGUUAUAUUUUAUCAGCACUUACGAAAGAAGAAGAGGAAUUCCCUAUAGCUUUUAGUAUUCUUAUGUUUAAAGAUAUUGAGCAGACAGAGAGACUUUUACGUGCCAUUUAUAGACCUCAGAACUAUUAUUGCAUUCAUAUGGAUGUAAAAUCCAAUCCAGACGUAAAGAAGGGAAUCACUGCAAUUGCUCAAUGUUUUGACAAUGUUAUAAUUGCCUCAGAAUUAAUAGAUGUGCAAUGGGGGGCAUUCACUGUGCUUGAACCAGAACUGAGGUGCAUGAAGGACCUUUGGGCUUACAAAAAAUGGAAAUAUUUCAUUAACCUCACUGGGCAGGAAUUCCCUCUGAGAACCAACUGGGAACUGGUUAAAAUUCUGAAGGCCUACAAUGGCGCCAAUAAUUUAGAGGGUACUGUCAAAAGGAGGAAUAUGGAACGGUUUACCUACGUUCACAACCCAGGACGAACAGACGAAAAGAAAGAACCACCACCUCAUGGUAUAGUUCCAGUCAAGGGGUCAGUGCACGUCACGGCUUCACGGGAUUUCGUAGACUAUUUACUGCAUAAUAAAACAGCCCUAGAGUUUUUGGAAUGGGCAAAAACGGCUGGUAUUCCAGAUGAAAGUUUCUUCUCUUCUCUCAAUCACAAUCCUCAUUUGGGAGUACCAGGAUCUUAUGCAGGAGAGCCAGAAACUGACCCCCAAAAAUACCCCUUCAUCACGCGAUUCAAGAACUGGGGAAAUUAUCCCUUCAACUAUCCCUGUAAAGGAGGAAACAGAGUACGAAUGAUAUGUAUUUUGUCCCUGGGGGAUCUACCUUAUCUGAAAACACGGCCAGAAUUAUUCAUGAAUAAAUUCUACAUAGACUAUUCUUAUCUGGGUUACGACUGUCUCGAGGAAUGGUAUUUUGAAAGGACGAGAAAUGAAUAUUUAGGAAAGCAAAGUUUCGAUGUUGGAUUUUAUGAAAAUCUUUCAUUUGUGAAGAAUCAGGUGAAAGCAUGGUAUCAGAACUAG